CAUAACUGUCGUCUCUUUGCUGAAGCCACGUCGUUUUCCGCUGGCAAUGGCGAGAGAAGUUCAUCCAGCACGCUGGGAGGCUGCGCUGGCUGCAUUUCCAGAGGCGUUGUGCAAAAGCUGCUUCGUCAGAAAGGAGAUCCCGUGCAGUGGUCAGAUCUGUGAGGAGCGCAGUCUUGUAGGGAAGUCCGGAUUCCUGAACUUUGCAAAGCAAGGAGUCUCGACGGCUUCUCCACCUGGUUGGGCGAAUCUCAUCCUCCAAGAAUUUGACAAGUGGCUCCUGGGCGGCUUGUUGACCAGCCAGAAUCAAUCCAGCUUCCAAUGCGGACAAACCCAAAGAUGCAGGAUCUUUCAGAACCUGGCGCUAGUCAACCUCUUCCACAGCUGCUGCUGCUUCUUUGCUUCACCCUGUACACGUUGGCCUGAUGCGGCGCGGCUGCCAUAGCAUGUGGGGAACCUUAGGACUUUGGACUACUGUGGUCAUAUAAGUUUGGGCCCAACACUGGUCUACCUAUUCUACAGCUGUUUCAGAAUUUGCAGCGCCUCCACAACUUCCAUAGCUGGCCGGUCUUGUUCACGUUCUCCAGGACCGUCCUGCAAAUUGAGUCGUAUAGUUUUUGUGACGAGUUGAGUGCAAGUGCACUGCAUUUCAAGGUUCAAGGAUGGCUCCUCCACCGGGUGGUUUUCCAGCAUUGCAUUUUCAUGGGGCACCAGGACCUGCAACACAAUUAUCUUGCAGAUUGUUGGGCACAAUUCAAGGAUCCGAAAGCAGUCCAAACCUUGUCAUGGGCUGGAUGUCUUGUGGGCUCAUGAUCACCUUCAUGACCAUUGUGCACCUGCGCCAAUGCAUACAUGACCCACAAAGUUGAGCAACACCCACAAACCUCAGGGGCAAGAUGUCUUGCAGGCUCAUGAUCACCUUCCUGACCAGGAUGCAUUUGCGCCAAUGCAUACAUGACCCACAAAGUUUUGCAACACCCACAAACCUCCUCAGGGGCUAGAUGUCUUGCAGGCCCAUGAUCACCUUCUUGACCAGGAUGCGCCUGCGCCAAUGCAUACAUGACCCACAAAGUCUUGCAACACUGCCUCAUCUGCAGUCGCCCAUGGUUGAGUGUCUAUUACUAUAUAUUAGUAUUCGAUUUUGUGAACUUGAAGCCUGCACCCACACCCCCCCGCAGGGACUGCCUCAGCUUGCGUAGCUUCCAACACAUCAGAUUGUUGUGGUACAUCUGGAAGUGCCUGUGAGGCUAUGUGCAAAUGAGUCCAAAACCUGGCGCUGAAUAGUUCUUACAGGCACCUCCUCAACUGAUUGUGAUUGGGCUGCUCCAUGCAACUCUGCAGGCCCCCCAGCUUCCUCCGAUGGAGCACCUCCACGAACCCCUGUAUGUACCUGUCCAAAUCCCAUGACCACACAACUACAACCUACAGAUGAUCUAGAUAAUUCGGCUGAGGUGACUCUGCAGGAAGGCAUGAGCUUCCACAGGAAUUCGAACAAAGAUGCACAAGGUCCCAAAUUUCUAUACUUACACGCAUCAUGUCGUUUGAAUUCCUGUGGAAGCUCACACCUGGCUAUAUGGCAGUCUUGCAGGAUCCGGACCAAGCAAUGCGCGUUACCAACUGAUGUGAUGCUGGCUGCGGACAAAGAGACACAAAGUGGUGUGUGGUGCAACUCUCCCAAACAACAAACAUCAACAAACUUUGCUGUUCACGCG